CGCUCGCGUCGAGGUGGGGCAGGUUGAGCGACUGACUGCUUCAACCCAAGGCUUCAACAACAGCAUUGUUUGAUACAACAGACGCUACGAACAUCGCUGGUGAUGAUGAUGACGACGAUGGCUGCCACGUCCCACGCUGGUCGCCUGCUACUCACCUGCAUGCUGGUGUCACGUGCCGUAACGACAGUGUCAUCAUGGACACCAGCAGCACAAGGAUCCACUGCCCCAGCGAGCACAGAAUCGCCACAGGUCACUCAUGAUGCUGGCUUACCGGUCAGACUGGUGCAGGGCGGCUCGUGCUCUGGCCGAGUGGAGAUCCUCCACAACGAGCGGUGGGGCACGGUGUGCGACGACAACUGGGGUAUUCCAGACGGGAACGUGGUUUGCCGCCAGCUGGGCUGCGGUUAUGCCGUGGAAGCUCCGGAGGGGGCCCGCUUUGGUAGGGGCUCCGGCCCCAUCUUGAUGGACGAUGUUUACUGCAGCGGCUCCGAGUCCUAUCUGUCGCACUGCCUCUUUAAUGGUUGGAACAGCCACGACUGCAGCCACGGAGAGGACGCGUCCGUCAUCUGCUCACAUGAUGCCAGUAGCUACGGGACCACCGUCGAUGCCGGACCCACAAGUGGCUAUUACUGGGCGUGCUACUCACACCCGUGUCAGAACGGUGGCAGCUGCGCAAACCUGCCCUACUACCCCUACUACCGGUGCUACUGCCGCUCGUACUGGACGGGCACCAACUGCGAAUACUACGGAGCACAUUCUACGAACGCACCUGAAUCAGCUUCUCAACCCGGAGCAGCGGAUACGACCCACUCAAGUGCUUGCCAGCCGAACCCAUGCCAGCAAGGCGGAACCUGUGUGGAAUCUUUGCGCUACCCCUACUACCAUUGCUACUGCCCCUCGUACACGACGGGCACCAACUGUGAAAACUCCUAUGCAGCAUAUUCUACGAAGGCACCUGAAUCAGCUUCUCAACCCGGAGCAGAGGAUACGACCCACUCUAGUGCUUGCCAGCGGAACCCAUGCCAGCAUGGCGGAACCUGUGCGGAAUAUUGGUACUACCCCUACUACCAGUGCUACUGCCCCUCGUAUUGGUGGGGUACCAACUGUGAAUACUACGGAGCACAUUCUACGAACGCACCUGAAACAGCUACUCGACCCGAAGCAGCGGAUACGACCCACUCUAGUGCUUGCCAACGGAACCCAUGCCAGCAUGGCGGAACCUGUGCGGAAUAUUGGUACUACCCCUACUACCAGUGCUACUGCCCCUCGUAUUGGUGGGGUACCAACUGCGAAUACUAUGGAGCACAUUCUACGAAUGCACCUGCUACUCGACCCGAAGCAGCGGAUACGACCCACUCUAGUGCUUGCCAGCGGAACCCAUGCCAGCAUGGCGGAACCUGUGCGGAAUAUUGGUACUACCCCUACUACCAGUGCUACUGCCCCUCGUAUUGGUGGGGUACCAACUGCGAAUACUACGGAGCACAUUCUACGAAUGCACCUGAAUGGAAUUCUACUUCUCCACAUGAUGUCCCAGUCCGGCUGGUCGGGGGUGGUUCCUGCGAGGGCCGCGUGGAGGUGUACUACGCGGGCUCGUGGGGCACCGUGUGCGACGACAUAUGGGGCCUGCGGAACGCCGAGGUGGUGUGCCGCCAACUCGGCUGCGGCUAUGCCUUGUCUGCUCUGAGCAACGCUUACUUUGGGAUGGGCAGCGGCCAGAUCUGGCUGGACGACGUCAAUUGUUAUGGCUACGAGUCUUCUCUCUCCCAAUGCAGCCACUAUGGGUGGGGACAUCACAACUGCGGUCACAAUGAGGAUGCCUCCGUCAUCUGCUCGCGAGCUUCCAAUGGUACUGCUACAAACGAAUCAACUGCUACGCCCGAGCUCACAACUGGCCACUACGGGGUGUGCUACUUAAACCCGUGUCAGAACGGUGGCAGCUGCACGAAUCUGCCCUACUACCCCUACUACCGGUGCUACUGCCACUCGUACUGGACGGGCACCAGCUGCGAAUACUACGGUUCUACUCCAUCGCCCGCAUCGCCUUCUAUUCCUGACGUCCCGGUCCGGCUGGUCGGGGGAGGCCGGUGCCAGGGCCGCGUGGAGGUGUACUACGCGGGCUCGUGGGGCACCGUGUGCCACGACAGAUGGGGCCUGCGCGACGCCGAGGUGGUGUGCAAUCAAGUGGGCUGCGGCUAUGCCUUGUCCGCUCCGGGCGGCGCUCUCUUUGGGAACGGCAGCGGCCAGAUCUGGUUAGACGAAGUCAAUUGUUAUGGCCACGAGUCUUCUCUCUCCCGAUGCAGCCACUCUGGGUGGGGUCGUCACGACUGCAAUCACUAUAAGGAUGCCUCCGUCAUCUGCUCACGAGGCAACACCACAUCGCCCACCAGUGCUCCCAGCAAUAGCACGUCAAGGAUAUUCCACUGCAACUCGCAUGACAUGGAGCUGCUGAUCCCCCUGAGCGAGAUCUCAUCGCGCGGGCUGUCCGUGUACGACAUCCGCCUUCAGGACCCGUCGUGCCACGCCACGGUGUACGGUCAAUACGCCCGGCUCUACGUGCCGCUCAACGGCUGUGGCUCCAGGACGGAGACCAGCGGCGACACCAUCAUAUACAUGAACACGGCCUACGGCUACGUGUCUCCAAACGGCGCCAAGCGGCUCCGGGUGCCCAUGUUCUGCUACAUGGGCUCGAGUGGCCGGGCAAUGGUGAGCUUCACCCCCAGGGUACAGGACGAAGUCAGCAUGGGGCUCUUCGAUCUCCGGGUGCGCUUCUAUACGAACCAAUUCUUCAACCAGCCCAUCUACUCCUACCCAUACGACAUCGAGCUGGGAGAGCCUCUCUACGCCGAGGUGGCGCUGACGUCGGUGGCCCGGGACCUUCAGCUCUUCCUGGAGACGUGCAAAGUCUCGCCCUACCCGGGAGCGCCGGACAGCGCCUCCUUUUUCCUGCUCCAGAACGGGUGCCGCGUUGACCCCUCCUACAACGAGCACAACAGCGGCGUCAACGACCGGCGGCGUUUCAGCUUCGACAGCGUGGAGUUCUUCGUCGGAGCGCAGGUGUACCUGGAGUGCGCGGUGCGCGUGUGCAACACCUCCGACUGGGGCUCGCGGUGCCGUCGAGGCUGCGUGCGGGGAUCGCGGGCGGCGCGUGGCCUGGGGGAGGCGCGCGGGGACGCACGUCACGCCGACCACUCCGUCGACCUGUCGCAGGGACCCAUCAGACUCCGCAAGACUCGCGAAGCCUCCCUGGAGGAGCAUGGUAGCGCUGGGCUGCCUGGCUGGACGGGCAUGGUGUACGCCCUGGCUGCCACCCUGGCCGUCAGCGCCGUCUGCGUGGCCGCCGUGAAAAUCUACCAGCUCCGCUCCGGAAGGAGGAUCCAAUACCAACCGCUUGUCGACACCGAUGCCUUCACAACCUGAUGAGCCGUGGAAUUGUAUUCAUAGUCGUAGUGAAAAAUUUAAAGUUCUCGAUUCAAUUCAUGGACUAAGCUGGAACAUUGGUGUAUCGAUUAGUUUCAAAGAAGCCGUGUUCUUCAAAUUAUUUUUCAGGCAUUUUAAUCGUUUUUUUUUUAAAUGCCAGUUGUUUUUAUGAAUGCCUUUAUCUGUUCGUAAUCAUGUAGUUAGGGUUAUGGCUUCAUACUUGAACACUGCACAUGCAGGUCAACGCUUGAGUGAUUCUUUGUAUUGGGAGCUGUCCUCAAUACUUUGUAUUGGGAGAGAUAUUUAAUAAAUGGCUGACGGUCAA